AACGUGGAACAAGAUGGCCAGUUGGUUCUGGCGCGCGCUUUGACGUUCCCGCGCUUUCUAGGCUCUAAAGUUCUAAACUGUGUACGAGGCUAUAUAAAAAACAAAAUGACAACUCAAAUUACCCAAAUGGAUGAUGAGCAAAUAACAAUGCUCCGCCGGGCAUUCAGUAUGUUCGACUCUAGCAAACAGGGCCGCAUCGAGAAGGAGAAAGUUCGGACCAUCCUCAACACGAUGGUGCACAGCUACGAUGACAACGAGCUAGAUCAGAUCCUAGAAAACGAGGACGUUGAUGGUUCAGGAAAGCUUAAUUUCGACUCGUUUGUCCGAGUAGCAACACAUUUCUUAAAUGAAGAUGACGAAGCGUUGCAGAAGGAACUCAAAGAAGCUUUCAGACUUUACGACAAAGAAGGUAAUGGCUACAUCCCCACGUCCAGUCUACGAGAAAUCCUGGCUGCGUUGGACGACCAGCUGACGCCAGACCAACUCAAUGAGAUGAUUGCUGAGAUUGAUACUGACGCCUCUGGCACAGUUGAUUUCGAUGAGUUUAUGGAGAUGAUGACCGGCGAUUAAGAUUGCAACACUUAGUUAUAAUAAAAUUAUAAGUUAUACCUAAGUUUAUAACCCAUAUCAAACACAGACGUAACCGCAUGUUCUAGUCACCGUACAUGAUUAAUUAAAUUAAAUUCUCCAAUUAAACUAUUUAUCUCAA